ACGAAUUUAUGUAUACAAGUAUAAACUGGCUAUAGAUUAAAGUCUAGCAAUCAAUAUAUUGAUUUUUCUUUUCGUAGCGAUUAUUGCAAUAACAUAUACAGUGAGUUGUGUUGGAAAGUGGAAAUGACGAGAAUAUGGUUUACUGUUAUAACCUUGACUUAUUAUGUUGUGGACGGGCAUCCUCCGUGUUUGACCCCUGAUGGCAAGGGCGGAGAAUGCAAGAGUAUAAUAGAGUGCCCAAAGCUCAGGACCAUAGUGAACAAGCCAAAAAUGACUCCUUACGAGGCGGAAUUUCUCAAGAGAUCUGGCUGUGGAUUCGAAGACAGUUUACCUAAGGUUUGUUGCGCGACAACCAACACUUGCCUUACACCGGAGGGCAGCGAAGGCCAGUGCAUAAACGUGUUAGAGUGCAAGCACAUAGCGAAGAGACUGCAAUCUCCGACGGUCUCGGAUAAGGAUAAAGCUUAUGUUAAUAGUAUAAGAUGUCACAGCCCUACGGGUUUUUACGUGUGUUGCGGACAAGAGCCGGAACCAGGCGUUUGCGUGCCUUCUGCGGCACCUCCCAGCCCCGGCAGUGGGUGCUGUGGGGUUGAUGGCAGCGGCGGAAACAGGAUAACAGGAGGUAACGCCACGUCUCUCGACCAGUACCCAUGGUUAGCGAUCAUAGAAAACAAAAGAAGCGAUAUCACCCGUGUAGUUUGUGGCGGCGCGCUCAUCUCCGGACGAUAUGUGUUGACGGCCGGCCACUGUGUCAAGGGCUUGGCAUCUAACGCUGGCACGCCAGCAAACGUGCGCCUCGGCGAAUACGACAUAUCCCACGAAGGGGCGGACUGCGUGCCCGUUGAAGGGGGGGAUAGUAAGGAUGAGGACUGCACUGAAGAACCGGUGGUGAUACCAAUUGAACGGGUGAUACCGCAUCCUGACUUCGACCCGACUAAGCGGUUGAGGAGACACGACAUCGCUCUACUGAGAUUGUCGAGACUUGCGCCGUAUACAGAUUUCAUCAGGCCCAUCUGCCUCCCCACAAGCGAUUUGACUACAUACUUCCCGCCGUCUGGAAGGCUAUUCGCGGCCGGGUGGGGACCCAACAAUGAAACGCAUGAAACCAGUGCGGUCAAACUACACGUUGACUUGCCUUACAAGACCAUUGAGUCGUGUCAACCGGCUUACGACGUGCCAAAACGCCACGUCGCUUUGUGGGACCACCAGAUAUGCGCUGGAGGCGAAAAAGGCAAAGAUACGUGCAAAGGUGACUCAGGCGGUCCCCUAAUGUACUCCAUGGCGGAAGCAUUCGAGGUAGUGGGCGUGGUGAGUUUCGGGCCCACGCCAUGCGGGCUGGCCAACGUGCCCGGGGUCUAUACUAAGGUGUUCAACUACUUGCCGUGGAUCAGGAGCGUUAUACAACCCUGAUUUUAUAACGAUUUCUAGUGGCAAAAAAAAAAUUAAAGAGCUUUAUCUAAAAUAAGAAA